AUGAGUAACGAUACGGGUAAAUCACCCGUUGAACAAACUCAAUCAUCUUCAAUAAAUUCCGAAAUAAAAAUUUUUUAUUAUAUUGAUGAUCAAGAUCCUCCUUAUUUAACAAAAUUAAAUCUAACCGAAUUACCACGUUUAAAAGAUUUUAAAAAUGCUCUUGAUCGUAAUUGUACAAAAUAUAAAUUUUUCUUUGCAACAAAUGAUCCAUCAAUUGGAAAAGUUAAAGAAGAAAUAACUAAUGAUGAACAAAUUUUACCAUUUGAUACACCAGACCGUAUUCUUGCUUAUCUUGUUUCAACUGAAGGUAGUACAACAUCAAGUGGUGGUGGUGGUGGUGGUGGUGGAGGAGGAGGAAAUAAACAAUCAAAACAUCAUCAUCAUCAUCAGCAGCAUCAUGAACGUGAUGAUACAAUGACAACAUCAACAACGAGUAGUUCAUUUAAUAUACAACAACCACGAUUACAACGUACGAGUCGACGUUAUGGAUCAGCAAAUAGUGCUGAUCAUCAAAAAUAUUUUCCUAAACAACAACAACGAGCUAUUAAUGAUGAUGUUCCAUCAUUUCCAAAUAGUGAUAUAGAAUCAACAACAUUUUUAGAUGAAACUGAAGAUGAUAGAUAUUCAACUGUUACAGAUUCAACAGCAAUGUCAUCAAGAUAUCAUGGUUAUAAUCGACCUCGUAGACGAAAACAUCGAUUACCAUUGGGACUUGAUCGAACUUCAUCAUUUAGUAGUCUUAAUUCAGAUUCAACAAUGACAUUAAAUAUAAUAACGGUAACACUUAAUUUAGAUGCAGUCAAUUUUUUAGGUAUUAGUAUUGUUGGUCAAAGCGAUAAAACAGGGGCAAGUGAUGGAGGAAUUUAUGUUGGAUCAAUAAUGAAAGGAGGAGCAGUAGCUCAAGAUGGCCGUAUUGAACCUGGCGAUAUGAUUCUUCAAGUAAAUGAUAUUAGUUUUGAAGGAUUAUCUAAUGAUGAUGCCGUUAAAAUUCUUCGUGAAGCUGUACAAAAACCGGGACCUAUAAAGUUGGUUGUCGCUAAAUGUUGGGAUCCAACACCACGUGGUUAUUUUACAUUACCACGUCAUGAACAAGCGCGUCCUGUUGAUCCACUAUCAUGGCUUGCACAUACACAAGCCGUACAAAAUACAUACAAUAAUCCUCAACAUCAAUUAUUACUUCAUCAACAACCAAAUUAUAGACCAUCAAUACUUAAUUCAACAGGAAAUAUGAAUUCAACUAUAUCAAGUACAAGUAAUACAAUGGUUGAUAAUGAAAAUUGUGGUUUUAAUCUUAAUUUAACUGUUAAUUCGGAUAUGGAUACAAUUGUACGAGCUAUGGCUGAAUCCGAUUCUGGUCUUGAUAUACGUGAUCGAAUAUGGCUUAAAAUACCGAUUCCAAAAUCAUUUCUUGGAUCUGACUUGGUUAAUUGGCUGUUUGAACAUGUUGAUGGAUUUGUUAAUCGAAAUGAUGCUAGAAAAUAUGCUUCAUCAAUGCUUAAAGCUGGCUAUAUUCGACAUACAGUUCAUAAACUGACAUUUGCUGAACAGUGUUAUUAUGUUUUCGGAGAUCUUUAUUCACAAGGUAUAUCUCAAUUAACACUUGACGAAGAACCUGAAGAAUAUGAAUCUGUUUCGGAUCACACAAGUACUGAUCAUCGUAGUGGAGAUUCAUUAUUAGUUACACCACGACAAAAUACUGUAACAACAUUUGGUUUUGUCGAUAAAAAUAAUACUCCACUUCAAUCACCUUCUCAUUCUUUAAUUACUGAUACACAUAACUCAGUUAUGUUAAUGAAAAAUUCUCAUUGUUAUGCUGGUGUUAAAUCAUUUUCAACAUCAAAAAAUAGUAAUGAAACUCGACAAUCAGUUGAUAUACCUAAUAAAUUACGUUCCAGUAGAGAAUCAUUUCAACAUGCGAUGACAAAUCCAUUACCACAAGAAUAUUUUGUUGAUGUUAUGUAA